AUGUCGAAGUGUGUUUGCUGUGCAGCUUCUGUGUUUAACUCACUUAAAAGAGGAAAUGCAAUUACAUGCCAGUGGACUCGCAGCAACAGGAACAGAGAACCGAGGUUGUUAAACGCUGAGGUUGAGUAUUUAUUGCUUUAUCUCAAAGGGUCUCAGGGGGCACUGGAGGAGGAGGAGGAGGAAGAGGAGGAGGAGGAGGAGGAGGGGAGCGGUUCAAUUAUGUAUGCACCUCCACAACAACAGAAUGUGCUGACAGCAGAGCUCAGCACGCACACGGCAGCAGCAGAACCAAAUCAAGGACGACUCAGCCAGCAGCGGGCCACGGGCCUGCGGAGCUGUGGGAUUGAUCAGACUCUUGACUUUUAUAUAAAUCUGCCCUCUGACACGCUUCCUGUCCGACUCGCAACCACAGGGGUGCAUGCCAAGUCAUAA